AUGACGACACCUGAGAUUGUUCGUUUUGGGGACGGCCACUAUCACCGCGUCAUAUAUGGACUUGGGCCAUAUAUCGCGGACUACGAGGAACAGGUGUUGCUGGCAUGCAUCGUUCGAAAUUGGUGUGCCAAGUGUCUUGCCCAUUGUGAUGACCUCGAUGAAAUCAGCCUCCUUCGUUCACGAAUUCAUGCAGAUGCACUCAUUGAGGAGUGCGAUUUUGAUACACUGUGGAAAGAUUAUGGUGUUGUUAGCGUGCUUGUGCUCCUCGCCCCUGAUCUUCUCCAUCAGAUUAUCAAGGGGGCAUAUAAGGACCAUUUAGUUACUUGGGUGGAGAAAUAUCUACUACACACACACGGAAAGACGCAGGCUAACAUAAUUCUAGAUGACAUUGACUGA